GUGAGGCUACUGCCGCUCUUUUUCUUCUGCUCACCGGCGGCUCUGGAACCCAUUGGAAUCUUUCUGGCAGAUCGCCGGGGAGUCAUGCGUCUCGCCGUUCGAUCAUGGGAGUCGAUGCCACGGCCUCCCUCCUCAAGUCAUGCACCUCCUUUCCACGCUUCAAGCAGAUCCAUGCCCACAUCUUCAGAACCAACGUCCAUCAGAACAACUCCAUCGUCGCCACCCUCAUCUCGCUCUGCAUCCCCCUCCAAGCCAAACCUUCAUAUGCCAAGUUGGUUUUCAACACCAUCCGCAGGCCCAAUCUCGCCGUCUACAAUCAGAUGGUGAGGUCGUUAGCGAAGAGCUCUCUUUGGUCGGAUGCCAUCGUUUUCUACCGGCGGAUGACGACGGCGGACGUCAAACCUAAUCAUUUCACCCUCCCGUUUCUGCUCAACUCUUGUGCCGGACUUUCCGAGGUCCUUCUGGGGAGCGAGAUCCACGGGCGUUCUGUCAGAACUGGAUUGCUGUUGAACCUUGAAUUGCAGAACGCUCUAAUAGAUAUGUACGCGAAAUGCGGUGAACUGGGUCUCGCUCGCCAAGUGUUCGAUGAAAUGCCCAGAAGAGAUGUUGUUUCAUGGAACGCUGUUCUUGGUGGAUAUGCCAGAAUUGGUGAUAUGAACGACGGCCGGAAAUUGUUCGACAGCAUGCCGGUCAGAAACGUGAUUUCUUGGAAUGCCAUGAUCGUUGGUUACGUGAGAUGUGAGAAUUUUUCUGCAGCCGCUGAAGCGUUCGACGCAAUGCCUGAAAGAAAUAUUGUCUCAUGGACAACCAUGGUUGUGGGUUGCACGAAAUGUGGACAGAUGGAGACUGGGCGCCGUCUCUUCGAACGGAUGCCUCAGCGCAAUUUGAUUUCUUGGACUGCCAUGAUCACGGGCUACGCACAGAAUGGGCAGCCGAAGGAAGCUCUCAAGAUGUUUCAUAGAAUGCGGGAUUCCAACGUGAAGCCUGAUGCCGUCACCAUGACCAGUGUGAUCACUGCAUGUGCCCAACUUGGUGGUGCAGAACUCGCCAAUUGGGCUGAUUCCUUCGUUGUUCACAACAAUAUAGAAUUAAACAACCAUGUGUUGACGGCGCUUGUCGACAUGCAUGCUAAAUGCGGGAACGUGGAGAAGGCAUGCCAACGUUUUGAGAUGAUCCCUCAAAGGGAUGCGUUCUCUUAUACUGCACUUAUCAGUGGCCUAGCUUCGCACGGCUAUGGCUAUGAAGCCCUUGAAGUGUUCCAAAGGAUGCAGAUGGAAGAAAUUGAGCCACAUGAGAUCACGUAUGUAGGCGUGCUAUCUGCUUGUAGCCACACUGGGCUGGUUGACGACGGCUUGCGCUUCUGGGAAAGCAUGGUGAAAGAUCACAGAAUGGUGCCUUGGGCAGACCACUAUGCUUGUGUUGUGGACCUUCUUGGCCGGGCAGGCCGCUUGGCGGAGGCAUAUGAGCUCGUGAGAAGUAUGCCAAUGGGACCUCAUGCUGGCGCCCUCGGUGCGUUGCUUGCUGCUUGUAGAACCCACAACAACGUUGAGAUAGCAGAAAGCAUAGCAGGGAAGCUGUUUGAGUUGGAGCCUAAAAAUACCGGGAAUUAUGUGCUGCUAGCUAGUAUCUAUGCCUCGAACAACAGGUGGGCAGAUGCUGCUCGCGUGCGGCUGGCAUUGAAGGAGAGAGGAAACAAGAAGCUCCCUGGCUGCAGUUGGAUCGAGGUAAACAAUAAGGUUGUCGCAUUGCCAAUGCCUGGAGGACGUGCAUAAGUUGAAUCAUCGGUUAGAUUAUGCCCGUUCAGAAUCAUGUUCAAGAUGUGAAAAGGAACCAAUUAUUCAUGUAAAUCAGUAAGCCAUUUGGUUCUGCCGAGAGGUGAACAAGUGCCUUGCUGCUUGAUCGAAUUGUUUGUAUCCCGCAGUACCUUACACGUGUUCCUGUGAAUGAGGAUGAGGACCAUUGGCGUUCAUGCUGGCUGAGCGCCUCAGAAUAAGGAACCUUCCUGCAUAUGGCCUUUUGCCUUGGGAAUCCAGCACUGGUUUAUGCUGUUGGUGAUUUUGCUGAAGUGGUGACAUUUCCUGUAAACCAUGAGGAAGCGUUGAGGACAACCCUUUGAAACUGCAACCCAGUGCCCGUGCUGCUGCAUCUUAGGCGAAGAAUUGCACUGCAGAAGCUGAUUAAGAACUUUUGGCACAUCUUUGGUAUGUAACAUGGGAAUGGUAACAUUUUUUAUGUAUCAAAAAAAGCUUAGGUCAAACUGGAGAACCUUUCAGCGAUACAAAGGUCCCUUACAUUUCUUUAGGUGAUGGUAGUCGCCAGGUUUUCAGCCAAGAUGAUCUAGCGAAACCUGGCGUUAGAAACCUGUUAGGAUAACGGAAAACAUGCAAGACACAGAAAUGACAAGGUCCGGUAGAAGCUUUGGGUGUCCUGCGUGAUUAAAAAUUAUCCAAGCAGUUGGAAGCUCGAUUCAAAGGGAUCAGUCUUAGGAACCGAUGUCUGUCUUGUGCCUGCAAUUUUCAGGCCCCGCCAAAAUGAAUGAAAUAGCAACAUCACCAUUAACAUUCAACAAAUGCAAGAGAAGGUCUGGCAAGGAAGAAGGAAACACUGCCAUCCCUUCGCUCUUAUUUCAGCAAUGAACGUUACUAUAUCUAACAGCAUGACCCAAUUUAAUUGACCAUGGUUGCCAAGUUCUGGUCUCUGAACCUUACUGAAAAAGAAAAAGGUAUUAAUCCGAGCAUAUUCCCUGAUUCAUCCCCUUUCAAUCGUCGUGCUCGUUACGCCAUGUUAGCAGUUAGGAUCAUCCCAGUCUUUCAUCUUCCUUGGAUUAUUUGCAGCGUCAACCUAUUU